GAAACCGGUCCUGAUGGAGAUAGCUGUGUGGUGUGCAUUGAGCUGUACAAGCCGAAUGAAGUAGUGCGUAUUCUGACUUGCAACCAUCUCUUCCACAAGAACUGUAUUGACCCCUGGCUUCUGGAACACAGGACAUGCCCAAUGUGCAAGUGUGACAUACUCAAAGUUUUGGGUGUUGAGGAGGCUGUAGAAGAGGUCGAGUCUGUGCAAGUCACAGUAUCCAGUGAGGCAUCAAAUGUGUCUACAGCUAAUGAAGAUGAUAAUCGUAGUGAAACAGCGUCAUCUGGAUAUGCUUCUGUACAAGGAACAGACGGAUCUGUUCUGGAGGAACAUGCACCAUCAGAAAAUGACAACACGCAUCUUGUGAACAACGAAUCCCAGCCCCCUCCUGUGAAUGCUCUUCCACAUGCUGACAACCCAAGCUUUGAGGCAGAGGAAACACAAGUUCAUGAAGUCAGGUCCUAA